UUCUCUUCAACUCCAAUCAGAAUCAAAAUUAGAUCAACAUACACUUUGAGCGAUUUUUAUUACUUUCUUCUUUUUUUUUUCUUAAUUUUAUUACUUUCUUCUUGAGGAAAAGUGAUGAAAAUAUUUUGUCCCAAGUUUUUCUAUGUAAUCUUGGCUCACGCCCUCUGUUCGAGUUCUCUUAUCCAUAUCGGAGAGUCGACAACAACUUUUCGCGCUCACGCAUGCUCAAAUUCUUCGACUGGUAGUACUUUAACCCAAAACAGUACCUACCUCAACAAUCUCAAUCUUCUCUUCUCCUAUCUCACCACCAACGCCACCAACGAUGGUGAUUUCUACCAAACAACCGUCGCAAGAGACACUCCUGACGCUUCUACCGGCUAUUUUCAAUGCCGCUUAGACAUAAAUGCUACUGUAUGCCAAGAAUGCGUCAGAAACGCUUCUACAGAAGCACUUAAGCGGUGCCCACUAGAAAAGGGAGCCAUAAUCUGGUUCGACGAGUGCUGGAUACGGUACCAGGACGGAUCUUCAGUAUCGCCGGGUCUCGUGCCCGCGUUACCGUUGUCUAAUGUGCAGAAUGUGACGGAAGCGGAGCGCUUCAACCAAUUGUUGGGAGAUGUUCUGAAUAAAGUGGCGGACCAAGCCGUUAGUUCCGAGUCGGCUAAGAAGUACGCGACGGAGGAAGAGAACUUCACGAGUUCGCAGACUUUGUACAGCUUAGCACAAUGCUCAUCAGAUGCACCAACCUCUUUUUGCAACACGUGUUUGCUUAGCGCCAUUGGUUUCAUACCAGGGUGCUGUGGCGGCAGACGAGGUGGGGCUGUUUACUUGCCCAGCUGCAUCAUUAGAUUCGAGCUCUACCCCUUCUACAAUUCAAUUUCUGUCACUCCAAUUCCACCACCAGCAGCAAAAGAAAAAGAAAAAGGUUCAACCAUUACAAUUAUUGUUAUUGUUCUCCCAAUUAGUGUGGCUAUUGUGGCCUUCUUGAUUGGCUUUUUCUACCUCCGUAAUAGGAAAGUCACGAAGAUAAAGAAAUACCUCUCUGUUCGGCAAGACAGUGUUAGGGAAGAAAUUUCAGGAGGCGACACUUUUCAGUUUUCUUUGGAGGAAAUUAGGACUGCCACUAAUAACUUCUUGGAUGAAAAUAAGAUAGGAAGAGGUGGAUUUGGUGCAGUUUACAAGGGUACCCUCCCUAAUGGUCAUGAAAUUGCCGUGAAAAGACUUACUGGAAAUAUGGGAAAAGGAGCCGAUGAACAGUUUAAGAAUGAAGCCCUUUUGAUGACCAAGCUUCAACACAGAAAUCUAGCUAGGCUAAUAGGAUUUUGCUUGGAAGGACAAGAAAAAAUUUUGGUCUACGAAUAUGUACCCAAUAAAAGUCUUGAUUUCUUUCUAUUCGAUCAGGAAAAGAAAAACAUGUUAGAUUGGACAACGCGGUACAAGAUUAUAACAGGCGUUGCCAGAGGAAUUCUUUAUCUUCAUGAAGAUUCUAGACUAAAAAUUAUACAUCGUGAUUUAAAAGCUAGCAACGUUUUAUUAGAUGAUCAUAUGAAUCCUAAGAUUUCAGAUUUUGGUUUAGCAAAAGUUUUUGUUGUUGACCAAACACAUGGAAGUACCAAUCGUAUUGUUGGAACUUAUGGUUAUAUGUCUCCGGAGUACGCCAUGCAUGGGAAAUUUUCUUUUAAGUCGGAUGUGUUCAGCUUUGGCGUGUUGGUUCUAGAAAUUCUCAGUGGCAAGAGAAACAAUUUUUCCGAUGAAUCAUCCGGUAGUGGAGACCUCUUAAGUUAUGCUUGGGAGCUUUGGAAAGAAGGGACUUUUUUGGAAUUGUUGGAUCCUACACUAAGAAAUUCCUACUCAAAAAAUGAAGUGAUUAGAUGCAUUCAUAUGGGGUUAUUAUGUGUUCAAGAAAAUCCUGUUCAUAGACCCACCAUGGCAACAAUAGUUCUCAUGCUUAACAGCUACUCUGCUAUACUUCCACCACCUCAACAACCAGCAGUCCUUUCUCAUCGUAAUAGAACACAAUCAAGCACAACAACAACUAGUGGUGAGCAACAGUUUUAUGAAUCUAUGGCUAGUUCAACUCAAGGCUCUACUAAUGAUAGAUCCAUGAUCACUGAAAUCUAUCCUCGAUAGUACUGGUUUGACACAAUUAAUUCUCAACUGUAUUUUCUAAAUUAGACGUCUCUAUAGUUAAUUUUUGUACGAUUCAACUUUUUUUAUAUGUAUAUGUAAUAUUCAAGAUUAGUUGCUGAUCUGUACGUAAAUAUAUGCAACAACAAGAAUAUAUAGAUCUUUUUUGUUAAUUUGGACGAAGUAGCAGGGUUGAAAAGUAUGAGUACUCCCUGGCCAAGACAAUCUUUCCAUAUCAAUAAUACGUUGCCAGCUUCGUUCUUUUAA